AAAUGUAAUUCGCUUUAGAGACUCAUGUAAACUCGAGUCAGUGAAAAGAAUCGAGUUUAGGAUUUCUAGUCCAUCCUGCAGUGACCCGGUUUGUCCAGCAGAGGGAGACAUAGCUCACCUCGUCGUCGUUCUGGUCUUUACAACAGCUCCUUCUUCAGGCUGAGAGCUCCUGUCCUCACAUCAGAGCUGGAUCAUGUCUUCACCUGUGAAAACCUUUGGGUUCCUCUGCGUCUGGUUCUGCUGUCAGGCGGGCGCCGUCACCUUCCACCAGUCCUCUUCUCUCAUCGUGAAGGAGAGGAGCGAGGUCCACAUCAACUGCAGGCACGAUGACAGCGCCCUUAUCCUCAUGCUGUGGUACCGGCGCUCAGAGGACGCCGCCAUGACCCUUAUCGGGUACGGAUACGAAACAAGUCAGAACUACGAGGGCCAAAUGGAGCAGGAGUUCACGCUGGCGAGGAAAGGCACCGUGGAGGGGGUUCUGACUGUACGGGAGGCGAGGCAGAAGCACUCGGCGGUGUAUUUCUGCGCCGCCAGCACGAACAACUAUGAACCGGCUCACUUUGGAUCUGGAACCAAACUGACGGUUUUAGAUCCAGAUAAAGAAAUCACGCCUCCAACUAAAGUCCGAGUUCUUAAACCUUCAAAAAAUGAGCGCAAGAACGAGCAGAAGACCCUGGUUUGUGUGGCGUCUGGCUUCUAUCCGGAUCAUGUCAGCGUCUCCUGGAAGAUCGAUGACGAUGUUGUUGAUGUGACUCUGGAUCACACAAAAGCUGUGGCAACAGACGACGCUGCCAGGCUGGACAACAAGACCUACACCAUCACCAGCCAGCUGAUCGUCUCCUCUGACAUCUGGUUCUCCAACUGUGUGUUUAUCUGCAACGUCAGCUUCUUUAAUGGAACACACACUGUGUUUCGUGAUGGAAACACCACCGGUGGCGGGAUAAGAACUGAUCUAACCAGAGACAAAUAUCUGUGGAUCACUCAGAGCGCCAAGCUCUCCUACAUCAUCUUCAUCGCGAAGAGCUGCGCCUACGGAGUCUUCAUCUGGUUUGUGGCCUGGAAGCUGCAGAGAUCUGCAGCAAAGAAGAGCAAAAAGUGAUGAAGAUCCGAAGAGGAGCGACGCUCUGCUGUAGAGAACGUCUGAGGAUCAGAGUUUUCAUGUUUCAGCAUCUCUGACACAGUUCUGUGUUUUCCCGCUUUCCCUGAACGCUUCAAUAAAACAAGAAAAAGUUCA